AUGACGACGCCGUCGUCAAUGGGCCUCCUUUCUUUCUUCGUUUUCGUCGUCCUCACCUCCGUCGUAAGCUCACAAAACUUCUCGACUUCCGAGCGAUCCACCUUGCUUAACCUCAAGCAAUGGUGGGGGAGUCCGCCAUCACUAACAAAUUGGAACUCUAACUCAUCACCAUGCAGCUGGCCGGAGGUUCAAUGCCGCAACGGCUUCAUCAUUGGACUGCAACUUGAAACCAAGGAACUUACUGGAUCUAUGCCGCCGUUUAUCUGUGAUCUCCGGAACCUAGAAAGCAUGUUUCUCCAUGAUAAUUUUCUCACUGGAGAGUUUCCUAGGGUUCUCUAUAAUUGUUCGAAGCUGAUUGAGCUGGAUAUCUCACAGAACAUGUUCGUCGGAAGGUUGCCGGACGACAUUGACCUGUUAUCGCAACUCAUAUCUGUUGAAUUUGGAGCUAAUAACUUUACCGGCGAUAUACCUCCGGCUAUCGGAAAUCUAUCAGGGUUGACUUCGUUGCUUUUGUAUCAGAAUCUGUUUAAUGGUACUAUACCCCCGGAGAUCGGAAACUUAUCCAAUCUGGAAACAUUAGGUAUGGCGUAUAACGAAUUUGCAGCUCCAGAGAUACCGCCGGAGUUUGGAAAAUUGAACAAUUUGAAGAUUUUGUGGAUGCCGGAAACAAAUCUAGUCGGUAAAAUACCAGAGUCGUUGUCGAAUUUGGUCAACCUCAGAUUGUUAGAUUUGAGUUUGAACAAUUUGGAAGGUGAAAUUCCUCCUAGAUUGUUCCUCCUUACGAAUUUGGAUAGUAUGUUCUUGUACAAGAAUAGAUUAUCCGGCAGAAUUCCAUCGGUGAUCGAGUCUCUGAAUUUGACUCAAAUCGAUAUCUCCAUGAACAAAUUAAAUGGUUCAAUUCCUGAUGAUUUUGGCAAAUUGCAGAAACUGGAGGUUUUCAAUCUGUAUUCAAAUCAAUUUUCAGGACGGAUUCCAACCGGUAUUUCUCAAAUUCCAACACUAAGGAUCUUCAAAGUCUUCAGAAACAAUCUCACCGGAGAAUUGCCACCGGAGUUGGGGCUUCACUCCAAACUUGAAUCAUUUGAGGUAUCGGAGAACAACCUCACCGGAAAGUUGCCUGAGAAUUUGUGCUCCGGAGGUACUUUGUUAGGGAUGAUUGCUUUCUCAAACGAUCUCACCGGAGAGAUUCCUAGAUCACUCGAGAGCUGUGACGGGCUUACCACUAUCCAACUCUAUGAUAAUAACUUCACCGGUGAGAUUCCUUCAGGAAUUUGGACACUAUUAAAUAUUUCAAGUUUGAGGCUCACCGGAAAUUCAUUUUCUGGCGAGCUUCCUAGUAAAAUUGCUUGGAAUUUAUCUAGAUUAGAGAUUAGUGACAACAAAUUUUCUGGUCAAAUUCCUGCCGAAAUUUCUUCUUGGGUGAAACUCAAUGUGUUCAAAGCUAGUAAUAACUUGUUUUCCGGUGAAAUCCCACCAGAAUUCACGAGUCUUUCGGAGCUAACCAUUCUUUAUCUCGACGGAAAUUCACUCUCCGGUGAAUUCCCAUCAGAGAUCGAGUCUUGGAACUCGUUAACCAUUUUGAAUCUGGCCGGAAACAAACUUUCUGGCCGGAUUCCAUCAUCUAUCAGUUGGUUACAAGAUCUUCUCGAACUUGAUCUAUCAGAAAACCAGUUUUCCGGCCAAAUCCCACCACAGUUGAGCAAUCUGAAACUCACCAGUUUGAAUCUAUCUUCCAACAAACUCACCGGAAAAAUCCCUUCUGCUUUCGAUAACAUGGCAUAUCAGAACAGUUUCCUUAACAACCCUAACCUCUGUUCUACUUCCCCAAUCUCAAACCUCCAAACCUGUUUAGCCAAAUCCUCAAACUCGAAGAAAUUUCCCCCCAAAAUCAUAGCCAUGAUCACCAUUUUAUCAACAUUUGUUGCAAUCGUCGUUGUCCUAUUCACGAUGUUUGUUUUCAGAGACUACCUAAAGAAGAAACGCAAACGGAAUCCCACCACAUGGAAACUGACCUCAUUCCAUAAGUUGGACUUCACCGAAUCGAACAUUUUGUCGUGCAUGAGUGAAGGCAAUGUGAUCGGUAGCGGCGGUUCAGGAAAAGUGUACCGGAUUGAGGUCGGUCAGCCACGGGGUUACGUUGCCGUGAAGCGAAUCUUGAACAACAAGAAACUCGACCAAACUCUAGAGGACGAGUUCUCAUCUGAGGUUCAGAUUUUGGGUUCCAUCCGCCACUCCAACAUCGUAAAACUACUAUGUAGUCUCUCGAGUCACAACUCGAAGCUUCUAGUUUACGAGUACAUGGUGCACCAAAGUCUCGACAAAUGGUUACAUCAAAAGAAGAGGAAACUGGAGGCGGGUUCAGUUCCACGGUUGACUUUAGACUGGCCACGACGGUUGCAGAUUGCAAUCGGCUCAGCACAAGGUCUUUGCUAUAUGCACCACGAUUGUUCGCCCCCAAUCGUGCAUAGAGACGUGAAGUCGAGCAAUAUAUUGCUGGACUCCGAAUUCAAAGCUACAAUUGCUGAUUUUGGGCUGGCAAAGAUUUUGGCCAAGGAGAAGCCUGGCGAUGCUAAUAUGUCUUCCAUUGUUGGCUCCAUGGGUUACUUCGCUCCUGAGUACGCUUACAACACGAGAAUAAACGAGAGGAUAGACGUAUAUAGCUUCGGUGUUGUACUACUUGAACUUGUGACCGGAAAAGAAGCUAACGAAGGAGAGGGAGAUUUGAACCUAGUCGAAUGGGCAUGGAAACGCUACGGAGAAGGGGAGUCGGUGGUUGGAGCAUUGGAUCCAGAGAUCAAAGAUCCUGAUACUUACAUGGAGGAGAUGAGCAGUGUGUUUAACCUAGGACUCAUAUGCACUAGCACAUUGCCUUCGAGUAGACCAUCGAUGAGAGAUGUCCUUGAGAUUCUUCGAAGAUGUAAUCCGUUGGACGAGCUCCCAGAAGAAAUGAAAGAAGGUAGAGAAGAGUUUGAUGUUGCACCUCUUCUUAAGAGGGAAAGUUAUAUCACCCAUUAUGAUGCUAGGGGUAAGGACGUUUCCGAUGAUACCCAAGUGUGAACAAAUUUGGCCCGAAAUGAAGUAUAUAUUCUAGUGUUACAGCAAGUGUUGGAACGUGAAUGGAUUGAAGAUCUGAAGAUGCAGAUGAGGGCAUAUGAUUUGUGUUAGAAAAUGAUUGUAGAAAAUGAUAGAGGGAAUUAGAUUAUGAUGUAAUGAAUAAUCACCCUUAGGCGGUGUUUGGUUCACAGAUUCUAAGGAAUCUGAUGGAAUUGG